AUGGGAGACAAGCCAAUUUGGGAGCAGAUUGGAUACAGCUUCAUUCAACAUCACUACCAGUUAUUUGAUAAUGACAGAACCCAACUAGGAGCAAUUUAUAUUGAUGCAUCAUGCCUUACAUGGGAAGGACAGCAGUUCCAGGGAAAAGCUGCCAUUGUGAAGUUGUCUAGCCUUUCGUUCCAGAAAAUCCAGCACAGUAUCACUGCACAGGACCAUCAGCCCACACCAGAUAGCUGUAUCAUCAGUAUGGUUGUGGGCCAGCUCAAGGCUGAUGAAGACCCCAUCAUGGGGUUCCACCAGAUGUUUCUAUUAAAGAACAUCAAUGAUGCUUGGGUUUGCACCAAUGACAUGUUCAGGCUUGCCCUGCACAACUUUGGCUGACCUCCUCCUGA